AUUCGGCCGGUUCGCGCUCCAAGGGAAUAUCGAUGUUUCGCGCGACAGGAUGCGUCCGGCUUGAUCGGAUUAGAGAAAUUGAUGCCGCGCGGCGAACGAUCGCUGAAAAUAAUGAGAUAGGCCGGUCAUGAGCGUCGCUGGGCACAACCACAAACGUCCCUCGACGUCGAAUCGGGAACGGGAAGUCGCCGAGAAAAGAGAUAUCGCGAACGAGACGAUCAUCGGCGACUCCGAUGUCAGCGGCGAGGCGCGAUCGUGCGACGUUCACCGAGAUCGGUGCAAGAAACUCGCGGUGUCCGACGAUUCGGCUGAACGCGAUCGAGAAACGACCGCUCGCGAAACUCCGGCCGAGAGAAAAGACGAGAAAGCCGAUCUUUCGUUCGCGGACACCGACACGGAAUCUCGCAAGGACAACGCGGACGGCUCUUCGACGAAAUCGAAGAAGAAGAAGAAGAAGAGACGGAGGUAUCUGACGAUAUGCACCAGCAACUGCAAAUACGAAGCGGUGAGGCGGGUAGCGGCGCGUUUCGGGAUGAAGGAGGUCACCGAGGACAGCAGCUGGAACCUCUAUUGGACGGACUUGAGCGUCAGCGUGGAACGGGCCAAGGACAUGAAGAGGUACCAGAAAGUCAACCACUUCCCCGGAAUGACGGAGAUCUGCAGGAAGGAUUUGCUCGCGCGGAACCUGAACCGUAUGCUGAAGCUCUUCCCAAAGGAUUACAAUUUCUUCCCGAAGACCUGGUGUUUCCCAGCGGACUACGGCGACGCGGUGGCCUACGCGAAGCUGAGACGCUCGAAGACCUUCAUCGUCAAGCCCGACACCGGCUGCCAGGGCCGCGGAAUCUACUUGACCAAGAACUUGAAGGACGUCAAGCCCACCGAACGUAUGAUAUGCCAAGUGUACGUGGCCAGGCCUUUCCUGGUCGACGGUUACAAGUUCGACCUCCGCAUCUACGCUCUGAUCACCUCCUGCGAUCCCCUGAGAGUGUACGUGUACAACGACGGCCUAGCCAGAUUCGCGACGAGCAGGUACAAGGAACCGAACGGACACAACACGUCGAACGUGUUCAUGCACCUGACCAAUUACGCCGUUAACAAGCACAGCCGAAUGUACGUUAUCGACGAGGAGGUUGGCAGUAAAAGGAAGAUCUCCACCUUGAACAAGUGGCUGAGAACGAAGGACGUCGACGUGAAUGAACUGUGCCAGAGGAUCGACGAGAUUAUAAUAAAAACGAUUUCGGCCGCGUACCCGAUCCUGAAGCACAGCUACCACACGUGUUUCCCUACGCACGACAAAACGUACGCGUGUUUCGAGCUGCUGGGCUUCGACGUGCUGAUCGACUGGAAGCUGAAACCGUAUCUUUUGGAGGUGAACCACUCGCCGAGUUUCCACACGGACGCGCAAAUCGACAAGGACAUAAAGGAGGGUUUGCUGAUGGACACGUUCGCGAUGCUGAACCUGCAGCAGUGCGACAAGAAGAAGAUCAUCGAGGAGGACAGGAAACGGGUCAGGGACCGAUUGCUGCAGGGAAUAAGCUGCAAGGAAGCCAGCACGAACGACGCGACGGCGAUCGCGGCGAGGCUCGAGAAACCGGAAGAAGAUUUUCUGGAGCGGCAGUUUCAAUGGGAGGACGAGCACAUGGGCAAUUUCCGUCGGAUCUAUCCGUGCGCGGGCCUGGAGAAGUACGACUCGUUCUUCAAGCAGAACAGCAUCUCCGUCUUCCAAGACACGGUGGCGUCGCGCGCCAGAGAGGAAGCCUCGAGGAUCCAGAAGGAGGAGAGUGAGGUUCGUCCACUCCUCGGCGACGCGCGCGCCAGAAAAAUAACGGUUCGGGGCUCGUUCGACGUCCAGGCGAAGCUCAAGGAACAAGAGAGCAAGAAGAUGGCCGGGAAAUCGAGCGACUCCAAGUUACAUCCGGAGAGUCCGAACGUGGCGUACGGUCAUAAGUCGGUGUCGACGUCCUCGGCGCCCUCCGGCAAUCGGGAGGGGAGCAGAUCGGCGGCUGCGGCGAAGAGACGGUCUGCGCCCUCGAACACGAAGAAACAACCGGCGAACACUUUGUAUUCGUUCGAGCCGGAGAUAAUCUGCGAGUCCGAGGAACGGGAGCGCGUCACGGCGCUGGCUCAGCGCGACUUCCUGAUCAAGAGCUACGGCAUGCUCGAGCAAAUCUACAUGGCGAUGAAAAGGAACGGCACGCUGCGGCCCAUCGACGAGAAGAAGUACGGGCUGUACGGGAGACUCGGCUACAAGGAGAACGGGAGCAACGCCGCGGCUCUUUGUAGACAGAAAUCUUACCGCCACCAGCAAAACGCGAUGGAGACCGAUUACUCGGCGCAGUAUUCCUUGAAAGAUUUUCAAGUGACUUGCAACGAGGCGCCGGUUCACGUUCGACCGAACAUACCGCGAGCGUUUUGGCUGGACGAAUUCAAUUCGAAUGGGCCAAGUGGCCGAAUCACGAAGGCUCACGUGGCUCGCACUUUGUCGAACGUCGUGCGCCUUCACACGCUCGAGAAACGGAAGUUGCUGAAUUCGUCGAAGCUCUAGCGAUCUUGGCCGAAUUCGGAUCGAGGAAAUCAACCGCGACGAAGGCUUCGUUUCGACGACCACACCGGAUUCGUCAGGCUGCAGUCUCUCUUUGUGUACCAAUCGCGUUUUCGUUACACGAAUGCUCCUGCGAGUAAUAAAUGUUCAAACACUCCGGCGCGUUGAGUAACUUUCGCGAGUAACCUUUCGAGGGACGAAUAUUCGGGUUUCUCGCGCUGGAAAACGGAACGGGAGAGAGCGUUGUAUACUCGGAAGUAACGAUAUAAUGAGGUCGUCGAGUUUCAGACGUCUCAUUAUAUAAUUAUCCGAAAGUACACGUUCGAUCGGGCGGAUGAUGUUUCAGAGGACGACGCUAGACACAAGACGAUGUAAAAACCAACAUGGUAUGGAUUUGUUAUUUCAAGUGCCAUAUAAAUAUGUACAAUGAGUGAACAUGUACACGCCGCAGGAAAACGAGAAUAAUUCCGCACGCAUGGACCGCGUACCGAACUAGUUCAUAGAUACGCAAGCCGAUCUGUAAUAUUCAUAACAAUUUUGUUUUAUUGCUGACAUAUAUAUAUGUGUAUAUAUAUAUAUACCAGUAUUCACACGAUAAAAAAUAAUCUAUGAACAAUAAUUUCUGUAUAUCUCCAUUUUUCGUUUAUCGAUGAAAACGUGCCCGUAUUUUCUUGGAACACGCGCGAACGCGAGUGCUCCUCCCUUCUAAGGGUUUCCAUUUCUUUUUUUUCCCCCGCUAAUCUUUUGAUUCGGUUAAAUCGCCGUCUCCGAGGGUAGGAAACGACCGCGCAUCGAAGAUCAACGAUCGUGUAACGGCGACGCGUUUAUCGAACGCUCGUACAAUCACCUGAAGCGUUAAAAUUAACAAUGAAUAUAAGUUGAUUGGCGGUAACGAACAUCGAUGUCGUACAAAGUAAUGAUAAGAAUCGUGUGACAGCAAUGAUGAUAGGCGAGAAAGCGACGCAACGAAAUCGCGCGAUUCGUAACCGAUUUAUCGGUUGGCGCGCGAACGUCGACGGUUGUCCGGGGAGGAAGAGGCGCUUCCUGAGAGGUCGAGAUGGAAAAGGGAGCCAAACGGUGGCGCGCAUUCAACGUCGUCUACUCGAUUCGCCGAGCCCAUUUCCGUCGUCGUUAGCGAUCACACGUAUACAGUCGAAGAACGAGGAACAACUCGACGCGUAUACAGCUCGCACCUGUCAACGAUUCGUCGACGAUUCGUCGACGAGUCGCGAACGCGAUACAGAGGGUAUUUACAGGCUGCGUUCAUCGUUACGCGUGGUUCUCGCGCGUCGAGUUUUUGUUUUUUCUUCCGAAGAUACAGGAAAGGCUUGUUUAUGUACAGAAACGAGAAUCGUUAGUAGUCGUGAUAGUUUCGCAGUAACGGUACAAACGUUUUCCGAGGGAAACAGCAGAACCGGAGGUCCGAGAACGUUCAACUGAAAACUGUACAGGCGAGACGAGCGCGAGAACGCGUUCGCUUCGAACGAUAUCGUACAGGUAUCGAGAGAGCUACCGUCAACCCCUUGGCUGCGUUGCUCGUAUAUCGUAUAAAUCCGAUUAUUUUAGAUCGCUUUCGUUCGAUGGUCUCAAUGGAAUAGACUUUGUCAGCGAUACGCCGACGUAACGUUCUGCCGGAGCCAAAGGGUUGAACGCAACGGGCUAAACAAGUUUGUCGCCGGCCACGCGGCGAUCGUGGAAAAAUAGGUGGUUAAAACGAUUAUUCUCGACUGGAGCGCUUUCGUUUCUCUCGAUCCUCGCGUCUGUUCGAACGGUCUCGUCUUCUCGGGAUUUCAUCCCUUGGGAUCUCGCGCACGGAAUCGACCGCGACAGAGGACGCGGCGGAAAGAAAGUAACGUCAACGAUUUCCAGCGUGAGCCAACCCCCGCCGCGCGACACAGGACGAAAUUAUAGAACGGUCGUAUACGCGGAGAUGGUAUUCUCUCUAUUCGUUGUAAUACUAGUAUGAGCAUUAUGUAGUUCUAGGAUCCUCUGUUUAUGUUACGCGCGUGUAAUAUUCGUUAAAAAGGAUUACAGUAAAAUAAGCUGAAAAGCGUGGAUUACACAGAGAGAAACGCCGAGCGAAGGACCACGGGAAUAACUGGAGCGCGUCUCCUCUGGUUCCGCGGCGGGCAAAACAGGAUCGCGCGCGCGUCGGUUACCCCGGAAUUACACUCAAACUUUAUACGAAAUUAUUCGCCCGUUUAAAAUACACGCGUCAAGUAGUAAAAUGAUAACUGGCUAUAUUUCAUACAUAUGUAUA